AUGGCCCUCCUCCCAUUCACCCUAACCGGCCUCCUCGCCCGCCCCUUUCUCCCCAAGGCCACAACAACCACGCUCCCGAUCCUCCGCACCUUCACAACGACGCCCGCCCCGCAAGCAGCCAAGGGCAAAAAGUCCAAGGUGACCCCGGGCUCCGAGUACCGCGCCCGCGUGGCCAAGCUCCGCGGCAACCUACACGGCAACGCGCCGCCACCCCUGCGCAUGGCCCGCAACCGUCACCUGCGCCACUGGACCAUCCAUCGCGCCUGGAAGCUGCACCAGCGCGAGCUCCGUGAGGCCCGCGAGCGCGAGCUCAUGCGCCAGCACCAGGGCAUCAGCAACGCGUGCGAGGAGCUGCGUGUCACCGAGGGCCCCGGUCUCAAUGCCGAGGGCUACCUGUACCGUGUUGCGCUCGAGAAGAAGGGCCUGUACGGCCUCGACGCCGUGCCGAUCGAGUACGCGAGGCUUCAGACGGAGACGCCGGCUAGGGUCGCUUGGGAUCACGACUGGAAGAGGUAG